AUGCCAGCCACACACCAGGGCUUGCUCGACAAAGGUUGCCUUGACGAUGUCAAACUCUCGCCGACAAUAUGGAAACCAGUACGAACAACGAAAUUGAGUCUCAACGCAGUGCGUCCCGAAUUCUUGAGCUUACGCUCAAUAACGAAGAGCAAGCCUGCAAGACCAACAGCAUGGCUGGAUGGCCUUAGGGGCUUUGCGGCGUUCUUGGUGUACCUGCACCAUAACCAACUUUGGUCUCAUGGAGGCAAGGGCAAUCAAGCAUUCGAAACUUCGUUUGGCUACGAUGGGAAAUACUACUCGGCAGCAUUCCCAUUCUUUCGACUCAUAUUCUCUGGUGGUCACUUCGCAGUGGCUAUCUUUUUCGUCAUCUCAGGAUAUGUCCUUUCGCUCAAAAGCCUACAACAAAUCCAUGAGGGCCAGAUCUCAAGUGCGUCGAACACCGUCGGCUCUGCCCUUUUCCGCCGCUGGCUUCGACUAUACCUUCCCAUCAUCGUCGUCACCUUUGCGUGGAUGUCGUUCCGCCAUUGGAGUGGAAUAUCUGUCGAUAUGCGCAAUAUGGAACCUACGUUCCGCGAGGAUGUCAUCAGCUGGUAUCGAACUUUCAAGAACUACAGCUUCGUCUUCUCUACGAAUAUCUACGAAUUUACAGAGCCCUACCACCCUCAUUCCUGGUCAAUUCCGAUUGAGUUCAAAGGAUCCAUUAUCGUCUACACCGCACUCUCCGCUCUUUCCCGAUGCACACGCAAUGCUCGCCUCAUGUGCCAGGUGGCUCUGGCCUUCUACUUCCUGUACGUGGUAGACGGCUUCUACGGAGCAUUGUUCAUAUCCGGAAUGCUGCUCUGCGACCUCGACCUGCUGGCCGAGCAAGACCAGCUUCCACGAUUCCUCAGUGCGCUGGCUGGGUUCAAGGAGCUCAUAUUCUUCCACCUCUUCAUCGCUGCACUUUACCUCGGCGGUGUACCAGCAUUUGAUGCACCCGACAUCGAUCACACAGUACUCAUCUCAAAAUCUCCUGGAUGGAUCUGGCUGUCGCAUCUCAAGCCUCAAGCUGUCUUUGACGCCAAAUGGUUCUACCUCUUCUGGGCUGCGUUCUUAGCCGUAGCGUCGAUUCCACGACUACCAUUGCUGAAGCGCUUCUUCGAGACCGGGGUUUGCCAGUACCUCGCGCGCAUCUCAUUCGCGCUGUACCUAGUUCAUGGCCUAGUCAUCUGGACAAUAGGAGACCGAAUUUAUGCCGCGGUUGGGCUUUCAAGACCGUUCCACCAGGACGGUCUCCCAGGAUGGGUCGACAAGUUCCCGCUUCCCAAGGGGGGGCCCAUGGGGCUCGAGCCUGCAUUUUGGCUAUCGCAGCUAAUUAUCCUACCCAUUACGCUGUAUGCAGCCGAGGUUGUCACGAAACUAGUCGAUGAGCCCAGCGUCAAGCUGGCAAAUUGGCUUUACAGAUGCACCAUCCAGCCACAAGUCUCCCCUCCAAAACACCAGCGCAGCUACUCUGUACGUUAG